AACAUGAUUGCUUUUGAUAAUAAAAAAAUUAAAGUAAACAUAGAAUGAAAAAAACGACGGUGGAACGAUGAUUGGAGUGUGAGUGUAGAUGAGAAAAUAGAGAGGGAAAUGCACAAGUCCAUGCAAAUCUGCCCAAUACAUGAACAGCACAGCACUGUCCAAAACCGUGUCCCAUAUCAUUCCUCAAACUGUCCGACAAUCUUUGUCAUGGAACUUGAAUUUUCCCAGCUCCCGGUUUUCCCCAAAACCCGCUUCGUUUUUGGCUACCGAUCUUCUCAAGUCUUACUUCGAAAAGGGUCUCAUAAAAGAAGCCUGUGCACUGUUCGAUGAAAUGCCACACAGAGAUGUAGUCGCUUGGACGGCCAUGAUAUCCGGGUAUACUUCUUGCAACCUCUACCAACGCGCGUGGUCUGUUUUCUAUGGGAUGAUGGGAGAUGCCGGCGUCCAACCAAAUGAGUUCACGUUUUCGAGCACAUUGAAGGCUUGCAAAGGAAUGAAGUCACCUUCUUGUGGCGCUUUAGUUCAUGGGUUGGCACUCAAGCACGGCAAUCAUGGAAGCUUGUACGUUGCCAAUGCACUCUUGGACAUCUACUCUACGCUGUUUACAACCAUGGAUGAGGCAUGUGAGCUGUUUAGUGAAAUCAGUGAGAAAAAUGACGUGACAUGGACAACAAUGAUUGCCGGAUACACUCACCGUGGCUAUGGUUAUUGUGGCCUUCAAACUUUUAAGCAAAUGAUAUUGGAGGGGGUUAUGCCAAAUGCAUUUACUUUUUCAAUAGCUAUAAGUGCCAGCACUUCAAUCAGCCCAUGCUCAUGUGGAAAACAUCUCCAUGCCGCAGUAAUCAAACAUGGAUUUGAUUUUAACGUGCCAGUUAUGAACUCCAUUUUAGACAUGUACUGCAGGGGAAACAACUUAAACGAAGCGAACCACUGUUUCCAUUACAUGCCUCAAAGAGAUAUAAUCACCUGGAACACUCUGAUAGCCGGGUAUGAGAAAUCCUAUCCGAAGGAGUCCAUCAAAUUGUAUUCUUGUUUGGAAUCAGAAGCUCCAAGCCCCAAUGCCUUCACAUUUUCCAGCAUUGUAGCUGCAGUUUCUAAUUUGGCAGCACUUAGUUGCGGUGAACAAGUACAUGGGAGGAUAAUACAUAGAGGCCUUGUUUCGAAUUUGGAACUGGAUAAUGCUUUGAUAGACAUGUAUGCAAAAUGUGGGAAUGUUUUGAGUUCCCGAAGAAUUUUUAAUGAAAUGCCAAGUAGAAAUCUGGUUUCAUGGACAUCAAUGAUGAUUGGCUAUGGACGGAACGGAUAUGGAAAACAAGCCAUUGAGUUGUUUGAUAAAAUGCUUAGUUCUAGUCUUACACCAGAUAGGAUUGCUUUCAUGGCAGUUUUAAAUGCAUGCAGUCAUGCCGGGUUUGUGGAUGAAGGAUUAGAGUAUUUUAACUCAAUGGUUGACGAUUAUAAAGUUGUCCCUGAUCAGGAAACCUAUGGCUGUGUUGUAGACCUGUUAGGGCGUGCUGGAAGAGUUAAGGAAGCUUAUGAGCUUAUAGAAAAAAUGCCAUUUGCCGCGGACGAGUCAGUCUGGGGAGCAUAUCUUGGAGCAUGUCUUGCUCAUAAGCUUCCGGAUUUGGGCACCUUGGCAGUAAAGAAAGUGCUUUGUUUGAAUCCAAAAAUUGCAGGGACUUAUUUGAUGCUCUCAAAGAUUUAUGCAGCCAAUGGUAAGUGGAAAGAUUAUGUGAAGAUGAGGAACAUGAUGAGAAACUUGUCAAACAAGAAAGAAGUGGGAAGGAGUUGGGUUGAGGUAAGGAGUGAAAUAUGUGAUUUCGUUGCUGGAGGUAACUCAAGGUUCAGUUCACAAAUAUCGGGAUAAUUGAAAUCGGUUUACACAAUAUGGAGACUGGUAAGAUCUCAGAGUUCUCAUAUUUCAUUUUGUGAAGUCAUCCCACACAUGCAAAAUAUAAUUAUAUAAGCUAAGGUCUUCCUUCAACAACAACACUACCUCAGUGCUACAAAGGCUCCCUCCCACCUACGGUGGGGUAAGAGGAGUCGUAUGUACGCAACCUAACCUCUUUAAUAAAGCACAAAGAGCGGAUGACCCAUGAUCAAAAUUGCCUCAAAAAAUGCAUGGAGAGAAUAUUGUUUCCAUAGUAGUCGAUGUCGCAAAUGGCGAUCGCCAUUUCUCGCCAUUGGCGAUUCAGGGUGUCAUCGCGACUAUACAUGGCUAUUGCGCAGGCCGCAGGGGAUACACAUAGCGUUGCCAUAAGACCGCCAUGGCGCCAUCGUCACAACCUCACUUUAUUGCAAAUUGGGAUGUUGUGGAAGAAAAAUUGGGAUGAAACAACUCACAACACUAGAGCAUUGAUGAAGAUGAGAUGAAUACAAUACAAGAUCCUUCUGAUAUUGAAAUGAAUGAGGAAGAAGUUCCUUUCUUAUCGGAGUCAGACGAGGAAGAUGAGUGCGAUGGCUAGAUGUGAACAAAGAGGGGGAUGACUAUGAGUAUUAGUCAACAGAUCUUAAAGAUCAAACUUUAAAUUCAGUUUUUUAAGACAUGAACUAGUUAUGGAUAUUAAGUUGGUUUGAUUUGGAUCACUUUUGGUACCAUUUUGGUUAUUUAACAAUUUAACUCUUUAAUUGGUGGUUAAGUCAUACACGUAUAUCGUCUAUAUGUUAUGUUUAAA